AAAAUACAGGGAGGUUGAGUGAGAAGAACUGAAGCUAGCUAUCAUUAGCACUUUCUCCACAGAGGCAACUAAAGUAACAGCCAGUUGUAUUCAUAUACAACGUUAUACACACAACACCCAAAACACACCUUACCGCACGUUGUUCUGCCAACACGACGACAAGGGUCUUUCUGGAGCUGUCUCGGAUAUGUUCCAUAUUUAAGGAAGGAAAGGUUUUGACCUUCUUGUUCUUGAGCUGGGAAUCUUCCUAAUAAGGACACAGUGGAUUUUCUCACACAGUCACCCUCAGAAGCUUUCCACCCCUUCAGCCCUGAAGAUGGAGGGGGACCAUGUUCACUGUAUGUCCUGCGUUAACCAGCGAUGCAUGGUCAGACCUCAACUAGGCAUUUCUUGUGACCUUAUCACCUGUCCUCUCGUGUGUGGGGCUGUAUUUCACUCCUGCAAAUUUGAUGAGCACCACCUCAUGUGCCCACUGGUGAGGGUUCCCUGCCUAAACAGUGGCUAUGGCUGCCCUGCCACUCUGGUGCGCAACCAAAUGUAUGCACACCUCGAAGUGUGUCCAGCUGGAGUGGUGUGUUGCACUAUGGAGUGGAACAGAUGGCCUAUUAGCUGCCUGGACUAUACUUCCUAUGAGAGCCUGAGCCGUGGUGUGGAGGAGGUGGAGCAGCUGGACAUGGCACUUGCCCUUCAGGACCAGCGUACACUACUGGAGUCCCUCAAGGUGAUCGCCAUGGCACCUACCACAGAGGGAGAGCCACUUGUCCCUGUUAGUAAGGACAACAGGGCAACAGACUCAGGUUUGCUUACAUCUGCCACUGAGGCUUCCACCAUUAUUGAGCCACCUUCACAGUCAUCGCCCUCACGUCAGCCACAACCUCCCCCACCAGGCUCGGCAAAAGAGAAAAUCAUCAGUGGGAUUAAUGGCUUGAACGAGGAGCACUUCAGUAAACUGUACGAGGCCACAGUUGAGACUGCGAGAAGCUUAGUCGCCGCUUUAGAAUUUGCUAGCAGUGGCAGUUCCGUUGACAGCAGCACAGAGCGUGUGAGCCGCAAUGGAGACCUUCAGAAUGGACUGGAAGACAAAACGCCUGUAGCUGCUGAGAGUUUGAAUAAAAGCGAGACGGAGGAGCAAAGUGUUUGUUCUAGCUGCUUGAGAGGAAACGGGGCUCUGAAAGGAACAGACAAAAAGAUUUUAAACACUACAAAUGGGCCACUGUGUGGAGCAAUGGAGGCCAAUCUGGAGACCCGCUCUGUCGUGGAGCAAGGUGACAUGAAAGCUGGGGUUUCUCAGGAGCCUGUCACCCCUCCAAUGGCAUCUCCAGUGCACGUCAGCCAGGGUGUGACACAAAGGGCUGGUCAUGUGGUCUUGGAAGACAGGGGGCUAGUUCUCUUAGAAAACCAUGGGACUGAGCGCAAAUUCCACAACUACCAGUUUUUUAGGAGCCAGGGCCAAUGUUCAUUACCUAACGGACGGAUAGGUUUCAUCCCAGACAGGUCACUGUACAGAGUGCGACCCAAAAUGGAGGACAAGGCAGUGGAUACGUCGGACCUGGAGCAGGAUGAGGACCCCAUGGGUUUGGGAGAGAUUGAUCUGAUCACAGCAGCCCUGCUUUUCUGUUUAGAGGAGUCCAGAGAGUGUAGAAGGAUCUCUGAUACAGUCUAUGUUGACGGCUACCAUGUCGACUUCGGCACACAGACUUUCACUUUCCCUGCAGCAAUCUUAGUAACCAACACAAGAGUGGGCGACAUGGCCUCCGCAUCUGCCUGUGACCAUGCUGCCCCCCAGCUCUCCUACCCCAGCCCUUUCCGCACUCUCCGCCUUGGCCUUGUCCUGGAAGCUCUGGAGGUUGAGGCAGUCCCACAUAACCGCUACCUCCCUGCCAACCCACGCUACCAGCACAUGUUCCCCUUUGUCUGCGGUCAGUCAUUCCGCCGGGACCAGUUUUCUUCCCAUUUCACGAAUGUCCAUGGUGACAUCCAUGCUGGUCUAAAUGGUUGGAUGGAGCAUCGCUGCCCCCUGGCAUAUUACGGCUGCACGUUUUCCCAGAGGAGGUUUUACCCAUCCACCCAAGGGGCCAAGGUGGUUCAUGACAGGCACCUCAGGUCCUUCGGGGUUCAGCCUUGCCCAAGGGGAAAAAUUCCAAGUGACUCUCAGUCUGACCAGUUUAGUGGUCUUCCCAUUGAGAUACUGUGGCACAUAGCUGGGUUCCUGGACAGUUUCAGCCUUUGCCAGCUGUCGUUGGUGUCACGGACUAUGAGAGAGGUGUGUGCCAGUCUCCUCCAGACCAGGGGCAUUGUAGACCUGCAGUGGGAGCGAAGACCUUUCCCUGGUGCUCCUGGCACUGUGUCAUGGCAGAUCAAAAAUAGAGUGUGGAGAUUCAGCACUGCCUUCAGUCCUGUGUUGUCCUGGGGUUUCACUGACCUCCCCAGCAUGUCGGACCAUCUGAAGAAGUGCCACUUCAACUUGGUGGAGCACAAGACAGAGCCUGUACCCCUUCCUGCCAUGUGUACCGCACGAGAUGGACAGUCGCUGCGUCGUGUCCUGCGUCACAUCAACACCUGACCAAACAAGGCUGACCUCUUGUAGAGUGUCACAGCGGUAUUAUGUGGACGCUGCAAUUGAAAAAGAUUUACUGUCUUGAAAACCAUUAACUCUUCCUGUAUUACACUACAUUAUGAAGAAGCCUUAAUGAAAUAACACCUUACUUAACACAGUGAAGUUCUGUCAUUGUGGUUGGUCUCUGUGGAGAAAAAAAAAAAAACAGCUUUGCAUGGAUUUGUGCUGAAAAUACACCCAUAUACUGGUAAGAUAAAGUAUAUUAUGCAAAUAUGCACAAUAGAUUUAUAUUAUUCUAUAUGAUAUGAGAAAUGUAUAUGAGAAAAUGGAAUUUAAAUGUUUUCACUAUCUUGCCUUUGAGUAGUAGCCAUGGGAAAAGCCGAUUGUUGGUUAUAUUGCACUAUGUCUGUGUGACAGAACUAUGCCAGCACUUUACACAAGAUUUGCUAUACCUUCUUAUGUUAAUACGUGACCCUAAAUGAUCUAAUCUUUCUCAUCCCUAUAGAGGGUGUCUGUUGUCUUGGUUUGUAGGACGUCAGGACAGAUUCAUAUAGCCCGAUAAUGCAUGUGAUUUGCUACCAUUCAAUAAAGUCUUUGCAGCCUUUUGUA